AUGCAUCAUGCGGAAGUGCCGCUUUUAGCUGUGCAGGUAAAUUUGCAGUCUUUCUAUGCAACUGAGUCUCAGUGGCGCGGUGCUGAGUCGGACAUACUCUUGCGCGUUGUUGCAGUACCAAAAUACGAUGAGAUCAGCUCCUACUGGGUGUUCGAUAUACUUGCUGGAAAUAGCGCAUUCGCAAUUCUCAAAGAUAAGAAUGUAAGCGUGGCCAGAUACUUUUGCAGAGUUAUCGAAUACGAUAUGUAUUUAGCACCUAUAAGCCGUGAAAAAUCAGGAAGCAUACCUGCUGAUGAUGCAGCCUUUACUAGAGAACGAGGUGAUAGCUUAAAUGAGGUCCUGUUGCUUCUAGAAACUGGAACUAUGCCUAGUCAGUACAUUGAAACAUCACCGCCUCAUCCACCUCCAAUGAGGAAGGGAAGAACAACCACCCGUAGGCAAGGAUUAAGGGAAUUGAAGGAUGCUGAAAUUUGGGACAGUUCCGCAUAUCAAGAAAGUGAGGUGAGAGUGAUCAGCCCGAAGAGCAGACCCGAACCUGUAACGCAGCUCGAACUUCCAAAUGUUCCUCGCUCGGAGAGCAGUGGUCUAUCCGAUUCCCCUGAUCGCCUUGUUAUCUGCGAGGAUGAAGAUAUCGUUGUACAUGAUGAUUCUAUCAAGAUAGUUGAGAAUACGGGAGAACCGUCCGCCAAGCUGUUUGAAGUUACGCCCUCAAAUUUGACAUCUUUCGUUAGAGCAGAUUCAACUCCUGAAAAAGUUGCUGAGGUAGUUAUUAGGGAGCCUUUGAAAAGACCAACAAGAAAGAGAAGUGUUCACGCUGCUAACGCAGUACCAGCUAGAAAGAGGUCUGUGAAGGAGCAAGCACGAUAUCAGCACAUAACUCCUUCGGAACCCAGCAGAGAGGUUGAGCAAUCGGAAAAACUCCAGAAAAAAGUGCCCAAGCCAGAGCCGAAGUCUGCUUCGCUCAAUCCCAAAGCAACGCGGAGAAAGAAGUCAAUUCCUGAUGGAAAAGUACUACCUGAGAAAGAUCUAGCCGUUCUUAAGGAAACGAUCGGUACUCCAGUUUCUCAAGCCCGAGCGUCUUUGGAAGGCCCUGUUAGUGUUCGAGAGAAGCAAAUGCAGAGAAGUGGGACGCAAUUAUCUAUCCCAGCUUUGGUUCCAAGCAUCUCCAGAUCAUCACCUCCUGAAACUGCAGCCGGAAAUUUGUCGGGCACAACAAAAAAGCGCAGGACUUCUUCAAGUGUAGCGCAAAAAAAUUCAUGUGUGAAAACUGCAGCUGUAUUCAUCGCUGUUCCAUCUGUGGCUUUAGCCGAAAUUGCUCUUCCCAUCAAACUACUGGAAGCAAUUUGUUUAGCGUGUACUGUUCCUCCUACCAAAGAUGCGAGAAGAACUGAACUAUUCACAGAUACUGGGCUUGAUAUUCUAGCUGAGGUGGCAGUAUCUGCUGCAUCCCCUCUUAACGUGGAAAAUUUGAGGGCUCGUAAAAGUGAAACCAAAAGCUCGGCUACGCCGAAAAGAGGCAGAAGAAAAAGAAGCUUUACACCUGAGAUAAUCCCUAUAGAAGCAGAAGCGGCUGUUGAAGAGGAGAUUGUUGUUGUUGACGACUUUCUAACAAGUAAAGAGACAAACUUGUCUGGAGAAGUUGGGACACCCACUGAAACUGUCAGUCUUGAGACUGAACCAUCAAGAGCUGGUGCUAAGGAACAUGGAGAAAGGAAACGGAAAAUGGGAAAAAUUUCGGAGUUAGAGAUUGCAGUAGAACCAGCAAAGCAAAGGAGAACGAGCUUACCAACCACUGCAGAGAAUAAUGUCCCUUCUGCGAAGAGAGCUGGCACAAAAACGUUAGCGCCUCGUGCCAGGGCGAAGCGAAGAGCAACGAGCAUCCUGGAAAGUCUGAUUAGCACUGAUGUUGUAGAAGAUUCUGUACCUUCUUCAAAGGGGAUAAUCAUAGAAUCGGAAAUACUGCCAAGAGCUUCUAGACGCAGGAGAACAGUUGAGCCUACUACCUCGCACUUGGCCGUUUCGCAAAUGGAGUUAGUUAGUGAAACAACAUCAACAGCAAAACGUAGAAGAAUGGUUGCUGCUGAAAAGCCGAGCACCAGCACCGGGUAUAAAGAUGAUGUAGCUAUUCCUUUGCUUACAUCAUUGCGGAAGAGAUCGACUCGCUUGUCAAUUGCAAAUAGUGCACCCUCGACGUCCCGACCACAGUCAGUGUUACGACGCCGUACAACAGCCACUUGCUCUUCCGCACAAGAUGUUAGCAGCGAAGAUGAUGUAGUGUUUAUUGAAAGGUAUCGUUUGAAAGUAGUGAUAAGUUCUGAGAAACGUUCUUGGUUUUUCCACAUUUGGAUCUUGAUUUUCGGGAUUUUCCGUUGUAGAUAGCA